CUCUCUCUCUUCUUUCUGUCGGAGCUCUGGCUUUUUCGCCGGAAUUCCAUACUCUCUCCAUUUCUCUCAUUAAAAUGGUCCAUCUCUAGGGUUUACUUUCCCAAACCCAGUAAUUGAAUUGCAAUUUUCGUUUUGACGAACACUUGAAGUGCCAGCGAUGUCUCGCCAGAUGACAUCCACGGCUUUUCACAAAUCCAAGACUCUUGACAACAAAUAUAUGCUUGGAGAUGAAAUUGGAAAAGGUGCUUAUGGUCGUGUGUACAAAGGCUUGGAUUUGGAGAAUGGUGACUUCGUUGCAAUUAAACAAGUUUCUUUGGAGAAUAUAGCUCAAGAGGAUCUUAAUAUAAUCAUGCAAGAGAUUGAUUUAUUGAAGAAUCUGAACCACAAAAAUAUUGUGAAAUAUCUUGGGUCAUUGAAGACAAAGACUCAUCUUCACAUAAUUCUUGAGUAUGUGGAGAAUGGCUCUCUUGCAAAUAUUAUUAAGCCAAAUAAAUUUGGGCCUUUUCCAGAAUCUUUGGUGGCUGUUUACAUUGCCCAGGUCUUGGAAGGCUUGGUUUAUCUUCAUGAACAAGGUGUUAUUCAUAGAGAUAUCAAGGGUGCUAACAUAUUGACAACCAAAGAGGGUCUUGUGAAGCUUGCUGAUUUUGGUGUUGCCACAAAGCUAACUGAGGCUGAUGUUAACACGCAUUCAGUUGUUGGAACACCAUACUGGAUGGCUCCUGAGGUGAUUGAGAUGUCUGGGGUUUGUGCUGCGUCUGACAUUUGGAGUGUUGGCUGCACUGUGAUUGAAUUGCUUACAUGCGUGCCUCCUUACUAUGAUCUGCAGCCUAUGCCAGCUCUCUUUCGUAUUGUCCAGGAUGAGCGUCCUCCAAUACCUGAUAGCCUAUCUCCUGACAUCACUGACUUUCUGCGUCAAUGCUUUAAGAAGGAUGCUCGACAGAGGCCUGAUGCAAAGACAUUGCUAUCUCACCCUUGGAUACAGAACUAUAGACGUGCACUGCAGCCUCCUUUUCAUCAUAGUGGACCAGUGAGAAAUAAACAUGAAGAUGUUUCGACAGAUGCGGAAAUGUCUAAUGAAGAUAAUUGGAGUGCUGGUGAAGGUUUUUCAACAGAGAAAGCAGGAGCAGCUGUGACUGGCUCUAGGAAAGACUUGCCGGAAGCUACGCAUUUGAGCAAAUCUGAUAAGGAAAAUUCUUCAAAUGGUAAUUUUGUUGAAGAAAGAAUAGAAAAUAUAGAAAAUCUAGAGGAUGUCAUUCAAUCAGAUCAAGUUCCCACCUUAUCUAUUCUUGAGAAGUCAGCUAUACAAACUGGGUCUUGCACUAUAUCUUCUAAUAAAGUUGUGGGUGCAAAGGAUCCAACUGAGCUUCAAGAGAUAUCAAAUACAAGUGAUCAGGAGGAAAUGCUGAUCAGUGGUGAGGCUGGAUCUCCUGAAACAAGACGAAAAAAUGUAGCUACUAAACAUGGUGGGAAAGGAAGUUCUAACAAUGUUGAGAAUAAAUCAUUUGGUUUUCCGAGAAGUCAAAAUAAUAAUCUUCAGAAGGCUGUAAAGUCAUCAACAACCUUGGGAGAGAAUGAGCUGAGUAGAUUUAGUGACACUCCUGGAGAUGCUUCCUUGGAUGAUUUAUUUCAUCCAUUGGAGAAAAACAUGGAGGAUCGGGCAGCUGAAGCUUCAACAUCUGCAUCCACAUCGCAUGCGAACCAAAGCAAUGCAUCUGUUACUGAUCCUGGGAAAAAUGACUUGGCUACAAAAUUGAGGGCUACAAUUGCUCAGAAACAGAUGGAGAAUGAUAUGGGGCAGACAAAUGGUGGUGGAGGGGACCUAUUGCGGUUAAUGAUAGGUGUUUUGAAGGACGAUAUUGACAUUGAUGGCUUGGUUUUUGAUGAGAAAUUGCCUCCGGAAAACCUUUUUCCUCUACAGGCUGUUGAAUUUAGCAGAUUAGUCACAUCCUUAAGAUCAGAUGAAUCUGAAGAUGCAAUAGUUUCUUCCUGUCAGAAACUUAUAUCUAUCUUUCACCAGCGGCCUGAGCAGAAAAUUGUUUUUGUUACCCAGCAUGGUUUGCUCCCUCUAAUGGAAUUGCUUGAUGUUCCUAAAAUUCGAGUUUUAUGUAGUGUGCUUCAACUAAUAAAUCAGAUUAUUAAAGAUAACUCCGAUUUCCAGGAAAAUGCUUGCCUUGUUGGUUUGAUCCCUGUUGUGAUGAGCUUUGCUGUACCUGAUCGUCCUCGGGAAGUUCGCAUGGAGGCAGCUUAUUUCUUGCAGCAGCUUUGCCAGUCAAGCUCAUUGACGUUGCAAAUGUUCAUAGCUUGCCGUGGAAUUCCUGUUUUGGUUGGUUUUCUAGAGGCUGACUAUGCAAAAUACAGGGAAAUGGUUCACCUAGCUAUUGACGGCAUGUGGCAAGUCUUUAAGCUUCAGCGAUCUACCCCAAGAAAUGAUUUCUGCCGUAUAGCUGCAAAGAAUGGGAUACUGCUUAGGCUUAUUAACACACUUUAUAGCUUGAAUGAGGCAACUCGACUAGCUUCUAUAUCUGUUGGGGGUGGAUUUCCGGUAGAUGGGGCAGCUCAACGACCACGUUCUGGUCCCUUGGACUCCAGCCAUCCUAUAUUCACUCAAAGUGAGGCUCCACUUUCUUUAACUGAUCAGCCUGAUGUUCUUAAAGCUAGGCAUGGAAUGAGUGAUCUUCCCUUGUUAAUCGGAACUCAAGAACCUUCACGAGGUUCAACGUCUCAUUCCCAGAGGUUAGAUGCCAAUCAAUCAGAUUCCCAAUUUCUUGCUGUGGAUAAUGACAGAUCACAAUAUAGCAAUGGAGUGUUGGAUGCAGUCGCUUCAAAAUUGCCAGAGCCCGUUGCAAAUUCAGCAACUAAGGAACCUUCAGCUGCCAUGUCUAAAGAGCGAGACCUGGAUAGAUGGAAAGCUGAUCCUUCACGAGCAGAAAUUGACCUCAGACAGCAGCGAAUCACUAACUCUGCAAAUAGGACAUCUACAGACAGACCUCCAAAAUCACCAGAAAGUGCAUCUAAUGGAUUUCCUACUUCAAUGACUACUCAGUCAGAUCAAGUUCGACCUCUGCUUAGCUUGUUGGAGAAGGAACCACCCUCCCGGCAUAUCUCUGGUCAGCUGGAGUAUAUGCGCCACCUCCCCGGGAUGGAAAGACAUGAAAGUAUACUGCCCCUCUUACAUGCAUCUAAUGAAAAGAAAACCAAUGGCGAUUUGGACUUUCUGAUGGCAGAAUUUGCAGAGGUUUCUGGACGUGGAAGAGAGAAUGGCAAUCUUGAGUCUACACCGAAAAUUGCCAAUAAGACAGUGACGAAGAAGGUGGGAACACUGGCAUCUAAUGAAGUAGCUGCGUCCAUGUCUGGGAUUGCAUCCCAAACGGCAUCAGGAGUUCUGUCUGGCUCUGGUGUUCUAAAUGCCAGACCAGGGAGUGCAACAUCAUCUGGGUUACUUUCCCACAUGGUAUCAACAUUAAAUGCGGAUGUUGCAAGGGAAUACCUGGAAAAGGUAGCAGACCUUCUGCUCGAGUUUGCUCAGGCUGACACAACAGUAAAAUCCUACAUGUGUAGCCAAAGCUUGCUUUGCCGUCUUUUUCAGAUGUUCAAUCGAAUAGAACCCCCUAUUCUUUUGAAGAUACUGAAGUGUAUUAAUCAUUUGUCAACCGAUCCAAACUGCUUAGAGAAUCUUCAGCGUGCAGAUGCAAUUAAAUAUUUAAUCCCAAAUCUUGAUCUCAAAGAUGGGCCGCUUGUAUCUCUAAUACAUCAUGAGGUCCUCCAUGCACUGUUCAAUCUCUGCAAGAUUAAUAAGAGGAGACAAGAACAAGCUGCUGAGAAUGGAAUUAUUCCACACUUAAUGCACUUUAUAAUGUCUGAUUCUCCCUUGAAACAACAUGCAUUACCUCUUCUGUGUGACAUGGCUCAUGCAUCUCGCAAUUCAAGGGAACAAUUAAGGGCCCAUGGUGGAUUGGAUGUGUAUUUGAAUCUUCUUGAGGAUGAGGUUUGGUCUGUGACAGCAUUGGAUUCAAUUGCUGUUUGCCUGGCUCAUGAUAAUGACAACCGCAAGGUGGAACAAGCAUUGCUGAAAAAAGAUGCAGUUCAGAAGUUGGUGAAGUUUUUUCAAAGAUGUCCUGAACCACAUUUCGUGCACAUAUUGGAGCCUUUUCUGAAAAUUAUAACGAAAUCAUCCCGAAUAAAUACAACAUUAGCUGUCAAUGGUUUGACACCAUUGCUCAUUGCAAGGCUGGAUCACCAAGAUGCUAUAGCCCGUCUUAAUCUGCUUAAAUUAAUUAAGGCUGUUUACGAGCACCAUCCUCGGCCAAAACAAUUGAUAGUCGAGAAUGAUCUUCCACAAAAACUUCAGAAUUUAAUCGAAGAAAGGAGAGAUGGGCAGCAUUUAGGAGGACAAGUUUUGGUCAAACAAAUGGCUACAUCGCUGCUUAAAGCACUUCAUAUCAAUACUGUUCUGUAAAUUCGUGUCUAUAUUUGUUCUGCCCUCGCGUAUAUUUGGUUCAAAAGGGAGGAAUUGUAUUUAUUUAUUUUUUCUAAGCCUCGUUUCUUUUUCCAUGGUUUUGAUAAUUUCUAAUAGCCUAUUUAAUGAUGUAAGGGCGUCAAAAUUUGGAAUUUACUCCUACUUGGAUCUUGUAGGUGUCCCAUAGUGGUGGCUUCUUUUCUUCAUUGAGCUUGCCUAGAAUCAAGACUCCUUUACAUUUUUUUUUUU